AUGUACUUGCUCAGAAACUCUUUGAAGACCCCAACUCGUAGCUUGGCUGUCAGAGCUUCUGGUUCUCCACUCCAAGGAUCCAAGAGAAGUUUCAUCAAGCCAAGUUUGGCUAGAUUCAACGAAGUCAAAGAGGCCAGCAAGGUUGGAUUGCAAGAGCCUAUUGCAGAGACUAAGGCCGAUGCUACUGCUGCUGCUCCAAAGAAAACCCCAGAACCACAACAAGAAUCAGUAAAAGAGCCAGUACAGGAAGAAACUACUACCGCCAUUAGUGACAGUAACGAGAUUGCGUUCUUGAGAAAAAUCAACGAUGAGUCUAUACAAUUCAUGCAAGAGAUCUCCCAAUUAUCUGAAACCCGUUCGAAUGAAAUUGUGUCGCAAAUCCAACAACAACAAAAAGAAGCCAAGGCCAACGAUGAUAAGCUUAACAAAUUGAACGUCGAAUUGGAAAAAUUCUUUGAAGACUACAUUGGCACUUCAGAAAAGUUUACCGGUAAUUAUGGGGACGCUGGCGCUGCUGGCAUGGGUGAACAAUACAAUCCGUACCCAUAUUUAAAGAAAAGUGCGAGAAAUGACCCAUACACAGAACAAGAAUUAUAUAUACGUAGGGUCCACCACUCCAAGACUUCUGGUGCCUUAGGUUCGAAGACGCAAGACACUUACCGUCCAUUUGCCGACCUUGCUCAUCCAGUGAAUUACAAAGAGUUGACCAUUGAAAAAUUGAUGGCCUCUGGAGCCCAUUUAGGCCAUUCUACUGCGUUGUUUAGAGCGUCCACACAACCUUACAUUUACGGGGAAUACCGUGGGAUCCACAUCAUUGAUUUGGAAAAAACUUUGUCUCACUUGAAAAGAGCCUCCAAAGUAAUUGAAGGGAUCGCUGAGAAAGGUGGGGUGAUUUUGUUUUUGGGGACCAGAGAAGGUCAACAGCGUGCCGUGGAAAGUGCUGCUAGAAGAUGUAAAGGUUAUUACGUUUCCCACAAAUGGAUUCCUGGUACCAUCACUAACAGUACCGAAAUUUCCAAGAACUGGACUAGAAGAGAGGUUGAUUUGAAAGACGAAGCCACUGGUAGAGAGUUGACCGAACACGAAAACAGUACCAACAUCAAGCCUGAUUUGAUUGUGUUUUUGAACCCAACAGAAAACAGAACCGCUUUGAAAGAAGCCGCCGAUGCCCGGGUCCCAACCGUGGGGAUCAUCGAUACCGAUUCCGAACCUAGUCUUGUCACCUACCCUAUUCCUGCUAAUGAUGAUUCCGUCAGAGCCAUCAACUUGAUCUGUGGGGUGUUGGGUAAGGCUGCACAAAUUGGUAGAGAAAGAAGAAUCGCCAGAGUAAAUGAGUAUAUCGAAAGUUUGCAGCAUGUUUCCACCAAAGAUACUGCUUCUGCUUGA